AAGUGCUUACCUCCCACGACCGUCGCCACCACCAUGCCCAAGAGAAAGGGUGAAGGGGAUGCUAAAGGAGAUAAAGCCAAGGUGAAGAACGAACCACAGAGAAGAUCCAUGAGGUUGUCUGCUAAACCUGCUCCACCAACGCCAGAGCCCAACCCUGAAAAGGCCCCUGCAAAGAAGGGAGAGAAGGUACCCAAAGGGAAAAAGGGAAAAGCUGAUGCUGGCAAGGAGGGGAAUAACCUUGCAGAAAACGGAGAUGCCAAAACAGACGGGGCACAGAAAGCUGAAAAUGCUGGAGAUGCCAAGUGAAGUGUGUGCAUUUUUUAUAACUGUGUACUUCUGGUGACUGUAGUUUGAAAUCUAUUUUUUAUCAAGUUUUAUAAAAAUGCAGAAUUUUGUUUUACUUUUUUUUUUUUUUUUUUGACUAUGUUGUUAGCACACAGAACACUUCAUUGUUGUUUUUGGGGGAAGGGCCAUAUGUCACUAAUAGAAUGUCUCCGAAGCCGGACUAAUGUGGGGAAAACACCUUUCCCUUCCAGUUUUGAGAGAGUUCCUCUUGGCUCCCAGGAGGAGGGAUUCCCGGACUUUAACACACCUGGCCACCUUGGCACAAAAGCCUUGUGGUAUGGAAAACAAAUUUGUUUUUAUGUCCUCUUCUCCCUUUCCAUCUUUCAGUAGAGACUUAACUCCCUUAAACCCAGGUAUCUGUUGGGACCUGACCCCCAAUCAUUAGUUACCAGUGUGUCAGGCAAUCUGGACUUUCCAGU